AAUAUCGAUCUAAGCUAUAACUUAUUGACAACAAUACCUGAAGAUCUCUUCAACAAUUCGGAAAAUUUGACUAGUGUUAAUCUGAAAAGAAAUCAAAUAAAGAAUGUAACAAAAUGCUUUUCUGGAAAUAAUCGUUUGGAACAUAUCGAUUUAAGUAACAACUUAAUCGGAUUUUGCGAUUAUGCAUUUCAAUCUCUGCUAUCGUUGAAGACUAUUAAUUUAGAAGAUAACCGUGUUAGAAAAAUAACGAAAAAUUGUUUUUCGUCGACUCCAUCGCUGGAAGAAUUGAUACUAAGGCAGAAUAAUAUUUCCCAAAUCGAUUCGGAAGCAUUUUCUCAGCUAGACCAGCUACAAAAUAUUGAUGUGUCUCGUAAUAGACUAAAAACAUUGUCAAGAGAAUCAUUUCCUGUUGUUUUAAAGAUUCGAGAAUUAUUUACAUCUGGAAAUUAUUGGGUGUGUGAUUGUCGCCUUUUGUGGAUCAGAGAUUGGAUGAUGGAUAACACAGCAUUCAAUGCAUCAAAUUUUGACUUUGCUU